GAAUUACUGUAACUAUAGAGAGAACCUGAGGCACAAUGGGAGACGAUAGCGAGUGGGUUAAACUGUCCAUUGACCAGAAAUGUGAACACAAGUUGUGGAAAGCCAGAGUGAAUGGCUAUGAAGAAGCUCUGAAGCUUUUUCAGAAAAUAGAAGAUGAGAAAAGCCCUGAAUGGUCCAAGUAUCUGGGACUAAUAAAGAAACUUGUGACAGACUCCAAUGCGGUGGCUCAGUUGAAAGGAUUAGAAGCAGCACUUGCCUAUGUUGAAAAUGCUCAUGUAGCAGGAAAGACAACAGGAGAAGUGAUUUCUGGAGUUGUAAAUAAAGUGUUCAAUCAACCUAAAGCCAGAGCAAAGGAGUUGGGUAUAGACAUCUGUUUAAUGUAUAUAGAAAUUGAGAAAGGGGAGCCUGUACAAGAAGAGCUGUUAAAAGGCCUGGACAACAAGAACCCUAAGAUCAUAGUAGCAUGUAUAGAGACAUUGAGGAAAGCACUGAGUGAGUUUGGUUCAAAAAUAAUCUCACUAAAGCCAAUUAUCAAAGUGUUGCCAAAACUCUUUGAGUCUCGAGAGAAGGCUGUUCGAGAUGAAGCCAAACUCCUUGCUGUAGAGAUCUACCGCUGGAUAAGGGAUGCUCUGAGACCACCAUUACAGAACAUAAACUCGGUUCAGCUAAAAGAGCUGGAAGAAGAAUGGGUCAAGCUACCGCCAGCAGCUCCCAAACAGACCAGAUUCCUGCGUUCCCAGCAAGAGCUGAAAGCCAAGUUUGAGCAGCAGCAGGCAGCUGGAGGUGAUGCAGAUGGAGGAGGAGAUGAUGGGGAUGAGGUUGUCCCACAGGUGGAUGCUUAUGAGCUGCUGGAAGCUGUGGAGAUUCUUUCCAAACUUCCCAAAGACUUCUAUGACAAAAUAGAAGCCAAGAAGUGGCAAGAGAGAAAAGAAGCUCUGGAAGCUGUUGAAAUGCUGGUAAAGAAUCCCAAACUAGAAGCAGGGGACUAUGCAGACAUGGUGAAAGUUCUUAAGAAGGUUGUUGGAAAGGACACAAAUGUCAUGUUGGUUGCUUUGGCUGCCAAAUGCCUUGCUGGAUUGGCUACCGGCCUCAGGAAGAAAUUUGGACAAUAUGCAGGACAAGUUGUCCCAACUAUCCUGGAGAAGUUUAAAGAGAAGAAGCCUCAGGUCGUGCAGGCCCUCCAGGAAGCCAUAGAUGCAAUCUUCCUUACGACUACAUUGCAAAACAUAAGUGAGGAUAUUUUGGCUGUGAUGGAUAACAAAAACCCAACAAUCAAGCAACAGACAUCCCUAUUCAUUGCAAGAAGUUUUCGUCACUGUACACCUUCUACCCUGCCAAAGAGCCUGCUAAAACCCUUCUGUGCUGCUCUUCUUAAGCAUAUCAAUGACUCUGCCCCUGAAGUUAGAGAUGCUGCAUUUGAAGCACUAGGCACAGCUCUGAAGGUGGCUGGAGAGAAAGCUGUGAACCCUUUCCUAGCAGAUGUGGACAAACUCAAACUUGAUCGGAUUAAAGAGUGUGCUGAAAAGGUGGAGUUGGCUUAUGGUAAGAACACAGGUGGAGCAGCUGAUAAAAAGGAAUGCAGACCUGCUGCUGGAAAGACCCCAGUUCUUUCAGGGGCUGCUGGGGACAAGGAUACAAAAGACACUUCAGCCAAAUCAGGACCUUUGAAAAAGGCUCCUGCUGCCAAGUCUGGGGGCGCUCCCAAGAAAGGCAAGCCAUCUGCAGCUGCUGGUGCAGGAGGUGCUGGGACUAAAGGCAAGAAAGGAUCUGAGACCAAAGAGCUAUUUGAACCUGAACUCUCGAUAGAAGUGUGUGAAGAGAGAGCUUCAGCUGUCCUCCCAGCCGCUUGCAUACAGCAGUUAGAUAGUGGUAACUGGAAGGAGAGACUUGCCUGCAUGGAGGAGUUUCAGAAGGCCGUAGAACUGAUGGAGAGAAGUGAAAUGCCCUGCCAAGCUCUGGUGAGGAUGCUGGCCAAGAAACCUGGGUGGAAGGAAACCAACUUUCAGGUAAUGCAAAUGAAGCUUCAUAUAGUUGCCCUGAUUGCUCAGAAGGGGAACUUUUCCAAAACAUCCGCCCAAAUUGUGCUGGAUGGUCUCGUGGACAAGAUUGGUGAUGUGAAAUGUGGGAGUAACGCAAAAGAAGCAAUGACAGCAAUAGCGGAAGCAUGUCUGUUGCCAUGGACUGCUGAACAGGUUAUGUCCAUGGCUUUCUCUCAAAAGAAUCCUAAAAACCAGUCGGAAACCCUGAACUGGCUCUCAAAUGCAAUUAAAGAGUUUGGCUUUUCUGGGUUGAAUGUUAAAGCUUUCAUCAGCAACGUAAAGACAGCUCUUGCUGCCACUAACCCAGCUGUAAGGACUGCUGCUAUUACCUUGUUGGGUGUCAUGUAUCUCUAUGUGGGACCCCCUUUGCGAAUGUUCUUUGAGGAUGAGAAGCCAGCUCUUCUCUCCCAGAUAGAUGCAGAAUUUGAAAAGAUGCAAGGGCAGAUUGCACCUGCUCCAACUCGAGGCACUUCCAGACACAGUGGUGGCAGCGGGGAUGAUGGUGAGGAAAGAGAUGAGCAAGAGGAUAUAGGGAAUGAUGUUGUGGAUCUUCUGCCAAGAACAGAGAUCAGUGAUAAGAUCACAGCUGACUUGGUGUCUAAGAUCGGGGACAAAAACUGGAAGAUCCGAAAGGAGGGUCUGGAUGAAGUGACAAGCAUCAUUAAUGAUGCCAAAUUUAUACAGCCAAAUAUAGGAGAACUUUCAGCUGCCUUGAAGUGUCGUCUCAAUGACUCCAAUAAAAUCUUGGUUCAACAAACACUGAGCAUCCUCCAGCAGUUAGCCAUGGCAAUGGGCCCAAACAUUAGGCAACAUGUGAAAAACCUGGGCAUUCCCAUCAUCACAGUUCUUGGGGACAGUAAGAACAAUGUACGUGCUGCUGCCCUGGCUACUGUGAAUGCCUGGACAGAACAGACUGGCAUGAAAGAAUGGUUGGAAGGAGAGGACCUGUCUGAGGAGCUCAAAAAAGAAAACCCUUUCUUAAGACAAGAGCUUCUGGGCUGGUUGGCUGACAAGCUGCCUACCCUCCGUUCUGUUCCUUCUGACUUGCUUUUGUGUGUGCCUCACCUGUACUCCUGCCUGGAGGAUCGAAAUGGAGACGUGCGUAAAAAAGCACAGGAUGCCUUGCCAUUCUUUAUGAUGCAUCUCGGUUUUGAAAAGAUGGCCAAAGCUACUGGCAAGCUGAAGCCAACUUCCAAAGAUCAGGUACUGGCCAUGCUCGAAAAAGCCAAAGCCAUCAUGCCAGCCAAACCUGCUGCUCCUGCUAAGGCAUCUUCCAAAGUGGUAGGAGGAGCAGCUCCAGCCAAAUUCCAGUCUGCAUCAGCACCUGCUGAAGAUUCAGGAUCCAGCACCAUGGAGCCCAAGCCUGACCCCAAAAAGGCCAAAGCAGGAGGAGCUGCCUCUAAAGCUAAGCAGUCUGAUGGUAAUAACAGUAUGUCCAAGGCUAAUACAAGCCUCACCAAAGGCAAUACCAGUCUGACAAAGAACAAACCCAUCAAACAGGGUGCACAAGGGAAGAAGGUACCAAGUAAGCCCAACCUGAAGGAAGAUGAUGACAAAUCAGGUCCUAUUUUUAUCAUUGUCCCAAAUGGGAAAGAGCAAAGAAUGAAAGAUGAGAAAGGAUUGAAGGUGCUGAAAUGGAACUUCACUACUCCCCGUGAUGAAUAUAUCGAACAGCUAAAGACUCAGAUGUCCAGCUGUGUUGCCAGAUGGGUACAAGAUGAGAUGUUUCAUACAGACUUUCAGCACCACAACAAGGCAUUGGCUGCGAUGGUAGAGCACUUGGAGAGUGAAAAAGAUGGAGUCAUCAGCUGCCUGGAUCUGAUCUUGAAAUGGCUCACCUUACGGUUCUUUGAUACCAACACAAGUGUUCUGAUGAAGGCCCUUGAAUACCUUAAAUUGCUUUUCACCUUGCUGAGCCAGGAGGAGUAUCAUCUUACGGAGAACGAGGCAUCCUCUUUCAUCCCAUAUCUUAUCCUGAAGGUUGGGGAACCGAAAGAUGUUGUCCGCAAGGAUGUGCGUGCCAUUCUGAAUAGGAUGUGCUUAAUCUAUCCAGCCAGCAAGAUGUUCACUUUCAUCAUGGAGGGGACAAAGUCGAAAAACUCCAAACAGCGGGCAGAGUGCCUAGAAGAGCUGGGGUGUCUCGUUGAGUCAUACGGCAUGAAUGUGUGCCAGCCAACUCCUGGCAAAGCGUUAAAGGAGAUGGCCAUUCACAUUGGCGACAGAGACAACACUGUCCGCAAUGCUGCACUCAACACCAUCGUGACUGUCUACAAUGUGCAUGGGGAGCAGGUGUUCAAGUUGAUUGGAAAUCUUUCUGAGAAAGACAUGAGUAUGCUGGAGGAGAGAAUAAAGCGGGCGGCUAAGAGGCCCACUGCUGCGCCGGCAAGGCAGGCAGAAGAGAAACCUCAGCGUGCUCCGAGCACGAACACUAAUGCUAGCGUGCUGAGGAAGGGACCAGCUGAGGACAUGUCUUCCAAACUCAACCAAGCCCGCAACAUGAGUGGCCAUUCUGAGAUAACUCAUACAGUUCCACGGGAAUUCCAACUGGAUCUAGAUGAAAUUGAGAAUGACAAUGGAACAGUUCGAUGCGAGAUGCCAGCACUUGUACAGCACAAACUAGAUGACAUCUUUGAGCCAGUCCUGAUCCCAGAACCCAAGAUCCGUGCUGUGUCCCCACACUUCGAUGACAUGCACAGUAAUACAGCUUCCACCAUCAACUUUGUCAUCUCCCAGGUAGCCAGUGGUGACAUAAAUACUAGUAUCCAGGCUCUGGCACAGAUUGAUGAGGUCCUCAGACAGGAGGACAAAGCAGAAGCCAUGUCUGGACACAUUGACCAGUUCCUAAUAGCUACAUUCAUGCAGCUCCGACUGAUCUACAACACACACAUGGCAGAUGAGAAACUGGACAAGGAUGAGAUAGUCAAGCUCUACAGCUGCAUCAUCGGGAACAUGAUCUCGCUAUUCCAGAUGGAGAGCCUGGCUCGGGAGGCCUCCACAGGAGUGCUGAAAGACUUAAUGCAUGGCCUCAUUACAUUAAUGCUGGAUUCACGGGUUGAAGACCUUGAGGAAGGGCAGCAGGUCAUCCGAUCAGUCAACCUUUUGGUGGUGAAGGUUCUGGAGAAGUCUGACCAGACCAACAUAUUGAGUGCCCUGCUUGUUCUGCUCCAAGACAGUCUGCUAGCAACAGCCAGCUCUCCCAAGUUCUCAGAGCUUGUCAUGAAGUGUCUGUGGAGAAUGGUGCGGCUUCUUCCUGAAACCAUCAAUAGCAUCAACCUGGAUCGAAUCCUGCUGGACAUCCACAUUUUCAUGAAGGUGUUUCCCAAGGAGAAGCUGAAGCAGUGUAAAAGUGAAUUCCCCAUAAGGACACUUAAAACCCUGCUUCACACUCUGUGCAAGCUGAAAGGUCCCAAGAUCUUGGACCAUUUAACAAUGAUAGAAAACAAGAAUGAAUCUGAGCUGGAGGCUCACCUGUGUCGAGUAAUGAAGCACUCCAUGGACCAAACUGGAAGCAAGACUGAUAAAGAGACAGAAAAGGGGGCUUCUCGCAUAGAUGAAAAGUCUUCAAAGGCCAAAGUAAAUGAUUUUUUAGCAGAGAUAUUUAAGAAGAUUGGCUCCAAGGAGAACACUAAAGAGGGUCUGGCAGAGCUGUAUGAAUACAAAAAGAAGUAUUCUGAUGCAGACAUUGAGCCCUUCCUGAAAAACUCAUCUCAGUUUUUCCAGAGCUACGUAGAACGAGGCCUCCGGCACAUUGAGAUGGAAAAGGAGGGCAAAGGACGCAUUCCUUCAUCUACAGGAAUUUCUCCUCAAACGGAGUUAACAUGUGUCCCCACUUCCACCAACACCGUGUCCUCAUCCAUAGGAAACACAAAUGGGGAAGAGGUGGGGCCUUCAGUCUACCUGGAAAGGCUAAAAAUCCUCAGGCAGCGUUGUGGCCUUGACAAUGCAAAGCAGGAAGACAGACCACCAUUGACAUCACUGCUGUCCAAACCAGCAGCCCCUACAGUUGCAUCUUCCACAGAUAUGCUGCACAGUAAGCUCUCUCAGCUCCGUGAGUCACGGGAGCACUACCAACAUUUGGACCUAGACUCCAAUCAGACUCACUCCUCUGGCAUUGGAACCACCACCUCUUCCUCCUCUUCCACAGCAGCCAAUAUUGAUGACUUAAAAAAAAGACUGGAGAGAAUAAAAAGCAGUCGCAAAUGAAGCUGUUUGAGAGAGAGAGCAUGGCUGCUGCUUAGCUGUCUUCAGCUUUAGUUUACUAAACUAGAAGUCUUCAUAGUUAAAGGGGCCUCAUUUAGGCCUAGUGUAUACAAACUGGUUUAUGUAUAAUACAGUGGAUUUUGGGGGAUGAUCUGAGUCAUUGUGGCACAAGUAUUUGUACAUACUCUGCUUCUCAGUGAGCAUCUCUUGACAAUAGAAGAUUGUCUGUGUAUUAGGUGUAGUGUACAGACCUGUAAACAGCUGUCGUCCUGCUCAGACUAGCUUCUCAUACCUUGGUUUUUUUAUUUGUAAAAUUGUCUUAAGAUCUUUUCCUAGCUCUUAACUCUUAGAAGCUCUUUAGUGGUUUCACUUUUAAUUUUGUGAAUUCUUAUCCAUGUAAUCCUUGAACUGUUGAUUCUGUAUGGACGCAUGGCAUGGCGUAACUAAUUUAAGUGUCUUUUUGUAAAUAAAGUUUGCAUUAACUAUA